GCGGGGCCGGCAUCGCCGCGGCUGGCUGCGGCCGCGGUGGCGGCGGCGCGCCGCCUCGCCUCCCCUCGCCUCCCCUCGCCUGGCCGCGGAGGGGCGGCGCUGCCUCCCCGCACUCCCCCGCCCGGCGCCCCCGCUCCGUCUCCGGGAAGGGCGCGGGGAGCCCCUGGCUCCCCCUCGGCGCGGCGGCGGCGGCGGCGGCGGCGGCGGCUUGGGUGCGAUGCCGUGCUAGGCGGCGGCCCGCCCCCGAGGUAGCGCCGGCGGGAAGGGGCGCCAGUUGCCGGGGCUGCGGCUGGCACCAUGGGCACCGGGCUGGGGGGCGCGGCGGCCGGGCUCCCUGCGCGCUGCGGCUGAGCCCGGAGAUGUGCCGGCGCCCUGUGGAAAUAUUUUGGAAAUAGCGCGGAGCGGCGGUCCGAGGAGGACGAGCGGCACAGGGUUUCACCAGCCGAGAGGAGGUCGCCCGGCGGUGGUGUAUAGGCAACUUGCAGAGCCUGCAUCUGUGACCAUGACAUGCUUAACUUCAGAGCACUCAUUAUUACUUUCAUUGUGUUCUAGCAGUUUUCAUCCUUCACAGUCAGAGAUUCACAUCUGAUGCAAUCUGCUGAGUACUUUGUAUAUUCAUGCGGCUUCCAUUCUUGAGAGAUUCCUCAGACAGCCUUCUUGCAAUAUCUAAAGAGUUUCUCUGGACAAAUAUCACUUGCUGUGUCAUAGCACAUGGAUUUCAGGACCGCCUGUGAAGAGACAAAGACAGGGAUUUGUUUGCUGCAGGAUGGUAACCAGGAGCCUUUCAAAGUGCGACUGCACUUAGCCAAAGAUAUUUUGAUGAUUCAGGAGCAGGAUGUGAUCUGUGUGUCUGGUGAGCCUUUCUAUUCUGGUGAAAGAACAGUAACAAUUAGAAGACAGACUGUAGGAGGAUUUGGAUUAAGUAUAAAGGGUGGAGCAGAACAUAAUAUUCCAGUGGUCAUUUCUAAGAUUUCCAAAGAACAAAGAGCGGAACUUUCAGGUUUGCUCUUUAUAGGAGAUGCAAUUAUACAGAUUAAUGGAAUUAAUGUGAGAAAAUGCAGGCAUGAAGAAGUGGUUCAGGUCCUUCGCAACGCAGGGGAAGAAGUGACCCUAACUGUGUCCUUUCUGAAAAGAGCACCUGCUUUUCUCAAGCUGCCACUGAAUGAAGAUUGUGCAUGUGCCCCCAGUGACCAAAGCAGUGGCACAUCCUCUCCCCUUUGUGACAGUGGUUUGCAUCUCAACUACCAUCCCAACAACACGGAUACAUUAUCAUGUUCCUCAUGGCCAGCAUCCCCAGGACUUAGGUGGGAAAAAAGGUGGUGUGACCUCCGAUUAAUUCCACUUCUUCAUUCACGAUUUUCCCAGUACCUUCCAGGAUCAGAUCUGUGCAGGCAAAAUGCGUUCCAAGUAAUUGCUGUGGAUGGGGUUUGCAGUGGAAUAAUUCAGUGUCUCUCUGCUGAAGACUGUAUUGACUGGCUACAAGCAAUAGCAAGUAACAUUUCCAACCUCACAAAGCACAAUAUUAAAAAAAUCAACAGGAAUUUUCCAGUAAACCAGCAGAUAGUCUACAUGGGCUGGACGGAAGAACGGGAACAAGACUCCCUUCAGGAUCGAAUGUACACACCAAAGUUUCUAGCACUGAGGGGAUCUUCCCUAUAUAAAUUUAUAGCACCUCCAGUCACAACCUGGGACUGGACACGAGCUGAGAAAACUUUUUCAGUUUAUGAGAUAAUGUGCAAAAUUCUCAAGGACAGUGAUCUACUGGACCGACGGAAACAUUGCUUCAGUGUCCAGUCCGAAUCUGGAGAAGAUCUUUACUUUUCUGUGGAACUAGAAUCUGACCUAACACUAUGGGAAAAAGCCUUCCAAACAGCAACUUUUUUAGAAGUUGAAAGGAUACAGUGCAAGACAUAUGCCUGUGUUUUAGACAGUCAUCUUAUGGGACUUACCAUCGACUUUAGCAUGGGCUUUGUCUGUUUUGAUGCUGCCACAAAGGCUGUACUUUGGAGGUACAAGUUUUCCCAGCUGAAAGGUUCUUCGGAUGAUGGGAAGAGCAAAAUCAAAUUUUUGUUCCAAAACCAAGAUACUAAACAAAUUGAAGCAAAGGAACUGGAGUUUUCCAACCUGUUUGCAGUCCUUCACUGUAUCCACUCAUUCUUUGCAGCCAAAGUGGCUUGUUUGGACCCUUUGUAUGUAGGCAGUCAAGCCACAGCUUCUGCUGCUCCCACAACUUCUGGUACUGGCAAAUUAAAGUAUACUACUUGACAUCUCACAUUAUAGCACUGCCACUUAACAACAAGACAUAACAAUGUAUAAAUAUUCAUAAGAAGUAUACUGUUGGUGAACGAUUUACAUGGAAACCAAUCCUGGAGGCAAGACAACUUGCAGCAUCAGCAGAUAAAUGGUCACGAGGGAUCAUAAAUUCAUCUCUGUUCUGCAAGACAUCAGUAAAUAAUCCUAGUUGAAACCCCAAAAUAGGAUGGAUAUGCUUUUAGUAUGAUCUAUUUGUACUUACAUAGUGCUUUAAGCAACGCUGGAAGCAAAGGAGUAAAUGGUGAAAUGAAGCACUUCAGUAUUUAAUAAAAUUUUCAAAUUGGUGUAAUAAUACACAAAUAGAAUUGUCAGUUCCCUGUUUUCAGAUGUUUUUUAUGACAAUAUACUAAACUCUGAACAUGAACUUAAUGUCCAAUCGUUAUAUUAUAAAUUACGCAAGAGCAAGCAACAAGCAUAUAGUACAUGGCGACAAGGAGAUAAGCAUGAAAAGGCAUUUGUGUAAGUAUCUCCUCAAAUAAGAAAGCACUUUAAGCACUGUUGUAAAUCCUUACUUUUGUCCAUACAUGGAGUCAUGCUACUUUUUCUAUUACGUUCCUUUAGUCUAACAAUAACAACAACAAACAUAUAGCCAUAUUGGACUGAUACAUUUAAAUAAUAAUAUAAAAAAAACCAAACCCACCCAAGUAACAAAAAGCAAAACACCUUUCCAUGAGCAAGUCUCUUUCUUCAAGUAAAAAUAAUGUGAUAUGAAUUUAAUUUUAAUUACAAAUUAAGUGCAAGGGUGUAAAAUAUCAUGUCUGCUAUGUAUUUCCUCCCUUUUCUUCUGUCAAGAAUUAAAUUCUGUAAAUCUAAUAGGCUUUGUUCACAAGGCUUAGCUGUUGAAUUUGUUUCAGAGACAAUCCACCUAAUACAUUGUUUCCAUGUGUAACCUUGAUUUCACAUCAUAAGUAAAACCUCUGUUCCACUCAGGCUCUCAACAAAAUAGGCAUUCUACCUUAUGCUUAAAAAAAUGAGUCCACCCUUUGAAUUCUUAAUAAUAUUUUUUUUCUUUGAAUAUUAUCAGUAAAAGACAGGAAUAAAUUAAAUAACCUGCAAAGAAUAGAUAGCAGAGUGCAUAAUGUCUUUGUAUGUUAAGAAUAUUACAUCACUCUGGACCACAUACUGGUUCCAGAGUACCAUUCAAUGAUGAAGUCUGAUAGACUUGUAAAUUUAAAAUUAAUAACUUUAUUUAAAUAUAAUUUUGCAAAAUAAUUUCAUUUUAUGCUAUUGCACACAUCAGUGGACAUGGAAAAAUGGUGGGAGCAUGUGUGGGAUAUAGCUGGAACAACAGAAAAAGUGGGGGAUUUUUUUUUGCCAGAGAGGGUAAAAGAACUGCAGUAAGAACAGUUAGUGCAGCUAGUUUGUGCAUAACAUUUUAAAUAGUACUUUGUGGGGAUUUUGUUUAUCAUAUUGAAAUCAAAAUUUCUUUUUAUUUUUUUUCUCCCCUGCUUAGACUUGUUAUAAAAGCACGUAGCACGUAAGGUUUAUGGACACUCUGCCUUGUUUAGCAGAAAGACUAAUUCUGUCACAUCCCUUUCUACAUAUUACGGUAAUUAAAACUUCAAAAGUGAAGCCAGAGUAAAGCUUUUUCAAAAUGGGAACAAUUCAAAAUGCAAGGCAGGGACAAAAGAUGAAUGAACUGUAGGGGCAAAUUGUGUCUCUGUUUUUUUUGCUUUGUAUUAGAAGUAUUUGGAUUUAUGUGUGUGAGAGUAUCCUUGCCUUGAAGUAUAGCUCAUCACACUUGAUACUACUUCCAAAUAAUCUGAAAAUAUAUUUUCUGGGGACUCUUUUGUCACUGUCAAAUGACUUUCAGUACAUGCUUACUUCUUAUUGGUACACAUCCAAGGGUUACACAUUUAUUUUCCAUGCUAAAUACAAUGGAAUGAUCUCAUAAUCCAGCUAUUAAAUUCUUUAACUGUCAUCAAAAUGCAAUAUUUUCAUAGUCAUCAUCGUGUGUUUGUUUAUGUGAACUGUCCCUAAAUAAUGGGGUCACAUCCUGGUCUCUGACCGACAUGUAAAACAACAGUGGCUGUCCGUGGGAUCUCGAGUCUGUUCCUGAGAGACUACAAACCCCAGAUAUUUUGAAUCCAAAGCUGCAACGGUCUAAGGGGUUUAACGGUGGUGACUCAGGCACUGUCCUUGUCAAGAAAGCAUAUACUGGAAACACAAAUUUUGACAGAGCACUGACAACGCUGAAAACAGAAGCCCGAUAUUUGUCAAUGAUAGUUCUCCUCUGUGCUCCCAAGUCAUCUCCUUCCUUUUAGUGUGUGGCUGUGACACUCAGCUAUCACAGCGUUGGCAUGUGCUAACACCUCAGUAAAUGUUCUGCUGGCAGUAGCGGAAUCUGAAACUACUCAGCUGCCAGUUGAAUGUUUUUCCUUCAACCGUUCAUGCUACGUGCACUGUUGUACCACUGAAACUGAGAGUUGUUUAAGGGACGUUGUUUAAUGUGAUUAAAUGAACAUAGCAUUUACCCAAACCAGCAGAAAGUAUGUCAUUGCAAAUUACUGCAGAUUAAGGGAUUCCGUGAUAUGAAAGCCCCCAAAACAAAUUAAAAAAAAAAUGCUCCUUGUGCAGAACUGAGCUAAUGACAUGAACUUUUGGGACUCCACCAGGGUACCCUAGAGAUAGAUCUCUGUCAAGUAUUCUGUUUGUAGAACUGCUGUGUUCAUCGAUGAGACUUUUGUAACCGGGCAUUAAAUAUGCAACAUGUGAGAGACAAACAUUAGCCUGCAAAUUGAUUUUGUUUGUUUUUCUAAACCCCUAUAUUUCAAAGAGGUAAACUGGUGGACUUAAUCAAUACUUUUGUCUUCAAGAAGAUGAAAGUGAUCUUGAGAGAAUAUAAAAUGUCAUAGCCUUGACUGCAGGUCAGUGUUGGUUUGUAAAUGCGGCAGGGGUUUCUGCACUGACCUCACAGAAUAUUCAGAAGUGACUCUGCUUCCAGGCUUGCCCUUUUAGAGCAAGUUGGUUGGGAAUUCAGUCUUGAACCAAAGAGGGAAAAUUUUAAACCGUGUGUUAUAACUAAUCCUGAAAUAGCAAAAUAUAAUUUACAAACAUAUUAAAUGGCUAUAUUUUUCAUUUAAAUACCUACAGGAUAUUCCCAUUUAAAGCAUAGGGAACUUCAUAAGCAUAUGCCAAAGCCCAGGCUUUAUGUUGCAGCCUCUCAUUUCACACAUAAUCUAUAAUGAAUACAAGUAUUUUGUAAGUUAACACAGCCCAGUGACAAUGAAAAAACACAAUUACAAUGAGCUACAAGCUUUUGCUAAAAUUCUGUAUGCAAGUGAAAAAAAUAUAUUUUAACAAAAAAGAGCAAACCAACAAACCCAUAGCAUAAAAUGUAAUUUGUUCUCUUUAUGUCAUGAUGUUCUUAAAUAAGUUUAAUAAAAAAAUUUCUUUAUAGUACUGUGCCUAUUGAAGUGAUGUUAUAUAGUAUACCAAAAAUAUGUACUCUUAAGUAUAACUAAAUAUAUUUGUUUUGAUUUACUUUGCUUUAUGAUGGAAAUUUUAGAUUAUCUCACCUUCACAGAACUAAUCAUAUGCUAGGUUAUAGUGUUAACAUAAUUUUAUUAUGAAAGUGUUACCAAUUUGAAUACGUGUUAUUCUGGAUUUCAUCAGUGAAUUAAUAUGUUUCAUUUCCUAUACCUGUUUAUAAAUACAGUUCCAGAUUUUCAAAAGAGCUUUGCAUUCCUGUAGCAUGAAGGCACCUUUGAAAUAAAAACCAGGAUAUUUUUAAAUA